UGCGACAUGGAGGAUGGCGUUCUCUCACCGCCAUUGCGGCGAUUCCUGGUGUGGAUGGCGAGGAAUGGGAUCCAGUACAGCGACGCGCUGCGUUUUGGCAUGGAUGGAGUGGUUUCUGGGGCUGGAGUGAGGGCAUUGCGCGAUCUCCACCACGGCGAGCUCAUCGCGACCAUUCCCAAGGCCGCUUGCCUCACGCUGCUCACCACCGCCGCGCGCGACGCGAUCGCGAGGGCGCGGCUUGGAGGUGGAUUGGGGCUCACUGUGGCGGUCAUGUACGAGCGCAGCAAAGGAAAGGGAUCGAAGUGGUAUAGGUAUUUGAAGACUCUUCCUUGCCAGGAAAGCGUCCCAUUCUUGUGGAGUGAGGAAGAGAUCGAUGGAUUGUUGCUCGGGACCGAGCUCCACAAGGCAUUGAAAGAAGAUAAGCUUCUCAUGAAGGAAGACUGGGAAGAAAACAUAGCUCCGCUAACCAAAGAGGAUCCUCUCGAGUUUCCAGCACAGGAUUUUACGUUCGAAUCCUACCUUGCAGCAAAAUCCCUGGUUUCUUCUCGCUCUUUCGAGAUCGAUGCCGAGCAUGGCUAUGGCAUGGUGCCUCUAGCGGAUCUCUUCAAUCAUAAGACCGAUGCUGAAGACGUGCAUUUCAUGCUGAACGCCAGUGACAGUGAUGACGACGACGACAACAAUGGUUUGAUCAUUGACGAUGGAUUGGCAAACGGUGACUGUCGUGAAAUCUCUAGCGAUAAAAGCGUGCUGGAAAUGGUGAUGGUGAAAGACGUAGCAGCAGGCUCGGAAAUUUUCAACACCUAUGGACAGUUGGGCAAUGCCGCGCUGCUUCACAGAUAUGGAUUCACAGAGCCAAACAAUCCUCACGACAUAGUGAACUUGGACAUGGACUGCUUGCUCGAGGUACUUCUCUCCCGCUUCCAGAAGAAACGCGUCCGCAAGCGGGGAAGAGUGUGGAGAAAAGCUGGUUUCUCCGGCUGUGAAUCCCAAGGCAGUGAGUACUUUGAGAUCAGCGCUGCUGGGAAGCCACAGAUCGAGCUGCUGCUGCUGCUGUUUGUGAUCCAGUCUCCGGCCCGGGAUUGCGAGGCUCUCGAAGAUGCUGCUGCCAAAGUGAAAGGAAGGGUGAAGAAGGCUGCCAAAGCUCUCGGGUGGCGCAAAGAAACUCAUUGGGGUCCUCAUCCAACCAAGAAGCCGAGGUUAGAGAGUGUGGAAAGCAGAUUGGAACGGUGGCUACUCAACUCCACAGUGAUCGAUCUGUUGUUACUCGUGAUUGGCAAGCGAGACGAGCUAUAUGGUAUCACUUUUGGUAAAGAAGAGCGAGCCCUUGGCGAGUGUAGACAGCAUACCAAGGAGCUCCAUGCUGCUCGGCUGAGAAUAGGGGAGCGAAGGAUUCUACGUGACUGCAAGCAAGAGUUACUCAACAUGAAAGCAAAACAAUGCUGACAAAGAUUAAAAAUCUUUUGCUAACUAAGCAAUCAUGGGAA